CUUUCGCUGCCGCGCUGGAAGCCGCUGGAGGUGCCCACGUGGGCGGCAGGCAAGGCGGCAGGUCAGGCUGGGCGGGAUCCACUGACUGAUUGAUUGACAGGCAGCUUGAUUGAUUGGCUGAUCGGUUGGUUGGUGGGCUGCUCAAGCCAGCUGGAGUCCCUUUCUUCCUUCCUCCUCCAGGGCACAGGAGUUGCUUUUAGUGAAGAUGCAGCCUUUACGCAGCAACGUUUUGGGAAGUCUUUGGUUGUGCCGCCAGAGGCCUCUGUGCUGGACCCUGCAGUCGGCCCUCCGCGCUUGGGCAUCCACCUGUGGCCUGGAUUCUAAGGCGCUCAGAAGGGAAACAACGUUCAAGGGAGGCCUACAAGAUUUUCAUGCUAAGUUAGCAGCGGGGCCGUCUUUGCAGCAUUUUCUACAAGAAGCAGCUCCUGUGCAGGAAACUCCACAGGUGCCAACUAAAGCAGCGGAGUACCCAGCGCCCUAUUUUGGCCCCAGCACCUUGGCAGAUGCCCGCAGGAAAGUAUACCUGGAGACCUAUGGCUGUCAAAUGAAUGUCAGUGAUACAGAGAUUGCCUGGACCAUCCUUCAGAGGAGUGGCUAUCUGAGGACCAGCACACUGGAGGAGGCUGACGUGAUCCUUCUUGUCACAUGUUCAGUCAGGGAGAAGGCCGAGCAGACCAUCUGGAAACGCCUGUGCCACCUCACGGCUCUGAAAUCGAAGCGGCCUCGGUCUCAGGCACCCCUGCGGAUUGGGAUUUUGGGCUGCAUGGCCGAGAGGCUGAAGGAGAAGAUCUUGGACCGGGAGAAGCUAGUAGAUGUUGUGGCAGGCCCAGAUGCUUACCGUGACCUUCCCCGGCUCCUGGCAGUGGCCGAAACUGGCCAGCAAGCUGCCAAUGUCCUGCUCUCCCUGGAUGAAACUUAUGCAGACGUUGUGCCAGUACAUACGAGUGCCAAUGCUAAGUCGGCAUUUGUGUCCAUCAUGCGCGGCUGUGACAACAUGUGCAGCUACUGCAUUGUACCGUUCACCCGCGGCCGUGAGCGGAGCCGGCCUGUUGCCUCCAUCCUCCAGGAAGUGCAGGUGCUCUCGGACCAGGGUGUGAAAGAGGUGACCCUCUUGGGCCAGAAUGUCAAUAGCUACCGGGAUACCUCUGAAGUCCAUUUCCUCUCAGCAACACCAACUCACCUGAGCCGCGGAUUCAGCACCAUCUACAAACCCAAACAGGGCGGGUUGCGCUUUGCAGACCUCCUUGACUGUGUGUCUGCGAUUGACCCGGAAAUGAGGAUCCGCUUCACCUCCCCGCACCCCAAGGACUUCCCAGAUGAGGUCUUCCAGCUCAUGCAGGAGAGGCACAACAUCUGCAAACAGCUGCACCUCCCAGUCCAAAGCGGCAGCAGUCGUGUUCUGCAGGCUAUGAAGAGAGGGUAUACACGGGAAGCUUACUUGGAGCUUGUACGCCACAUCCGGGACUCUUUGCCAGGCGUGACCCUCAGCAGCGACUUCAUUGCCGGCUUCUGUGGGGAGACGGAGGCAGACCACCAGCAGACACUGUCCCUCAUUCGCGAGGUCGGCUACCACAUUGCCUUCAUCUUUGCUUACAGCAUGCGGGAGAAAACCCGGGCAUUUCACCGCCUGCAAGAUGACGUCCCGCCUGAAGUGAAGCAGAGGCGCCUCAAUGAGCUGCAGACCGUCUUCCGGGCGGAGGCAUCCCAGGCCAACGCAGCCGCCGUGGGUCACGUGCAAGUUGUCUUGGUAGAGGGCCCCAGCAAACGUUCGACCUUGGAGCUGUGUGGCAGGAAUGACGGCAACAUCAAAGUGAUCUUCCCUGAUGUGGAGACAGAUGAUGGCACCGGCUUGGGAUCCGCAGUCCGAGUCCAGCCAGGCGAUUACGUCCUGGUGAAGAUCUCCUCUGCCAGUUCCCAGACUCUGAAGGGCAUCCCACUCUGCCGAACCACGCUGAAAGAAUCUGCGGCGUUUGCUGAUGCUCCCUUUGGAGUAGCAGAGUGAAGAAGCAGGUGGCUCUCCUACCCCCCAGAAGGAGGAGUGGAAGAUGACUUUUGGACUCGUGCUGGGGAAUCAAUAAUGCAUGGAUCUUCCUGGACCCCCGAGACAGCGCCUGGUACGUCCCAACCCUGCUUCCGCUAUUACUCAGUUUAAUGGUUACUCAGUUAAAUGGUUGGAUGGUUCAGCCUCCCUCCCUUGCCUUAGGACGCCUCUGUUUUUCAGAGUUCCUGCUGUGCCCUCGGUCCAGCCACCUCUCUACUUCAUUGAUGAACGCACACUUUGCGUUUUUGCUGCUGUUAUCACUUCUGUUAUGCUUUUGGGACUCAUUCGCACCGCUCUCAUCCUGCUCUCCCCCCUCCCCCCACUUUCUACCUUGGAUACCCAUGAGGCUGUUCAAGAGCAAGGGAUCCCCUCCGUGGAGGAAGCGUGGCUCACUGUGCAGUGCAUAUCCUAAAGCCAUCUCCGUCCUACCUAGAGCAUCUUUGCCCAGUCCCGUUGGGUUGAUGGGAGGCACUGGUCUGUCUGGCCAGCGUGAUGUUGCAGUGCCCUGUGUGUGGAUGGAAAGAGGUGGAGUGAAUAAAUUGUUUCAAAAGUA